UCCCUUAUCAGAACCGUCGUUUUAUUCCUCAAAAACAAAAAGAAUCGUCGUUUCGUAAACGAUACAUAUACGCUGAAAAAGCGGUGAACGAUCAAGCGAGUGGCGCCAUUUCGCAUUGCAAACUUCCGAGUGAGUCCUGAUUCCUCAACUUCUCUCAUUUUCCCUUUCUCUCAUCGCGUGCUUCAGCGCAUUUUUUCGUUCUCUCAUCGUGCGCCUUUUCUCGUUUCUCUCUCACAGAAAGAGGAAUAACGAUCCAAAAAACGAUUCAAAGGGGAAGAGGGAAGUUAGGAAUGGGUGGUGGGAGAGGUUGUGAGGGAAAUGGAGCGGUUGCCCAUGUAUGUUUCUUAUGCAGAUUCAUUUCCAAACCAAUUCCAUAUUGACGCAACCAUCAAUAACAGGCAUACCCGCAAAAUACCAAUCACUUGUAUUCGUGUAAUCAAUCAAUUAAAGACCGUAGUUGACAGAAAUAGAAGAUUGCAUUAUCAUCUUCUUUGAAGAGAAUGAAAAAGGACUCGAGGGAUUUCGGCAAAAAAAAGGUGUCUGGAAAUUUUCCUGAGGAUGGUGCCAUCUUCAUGUCAAACCGGAGCACUUUGAAAGAAUGUUUUCAGAGGAAUUUGUUUGGGUUGCCAGAUAGUUUCGCUGAUUUUGUUCACAACAUCAAGGCAGGAAUGAUUUUGUUCCUUUUCGAAUUUGAAGCAAGGAAGCUUUAUGGGGUUUUUAAAGCGAUAUCAGAUGGUGGCAUGAACAUUGUUCCUCAUGCAUAUGUUUCAUCAGGAAAGCAGUACCCUUCACAGGUUAAAUUCACCACAAUCUUACGUUGUGACCCUCUUUCUGAAGAUGAAUUUUGUGAUGUUAUUCGAGAUAACUAUUUUACCACCUACAAAUUCAACUUUGGUUUGUCCAAAGAUCAGGUUGAAAAUCUUAUGUGGAUAUUCAACUCAAGAAAACAUGAAGUUCCGCACUCUCUUCUUCAGAAGAGAAGGAAAAAAAGAAAGUGGGAUUUUCAGAUUAUAGAAAACGAACUAAUAAAAGAGAGGUUUACCAACACUCAGAAAAAGAGGCUCGUCAUGAACCACGGAGCAGCAGUAGCUGCUGAGCAAGAGGUGGAAAAGCUUUCUUUGUCUCCCAAGUCUUGUGAAAAGUUUGAAAGCAUCCAAUUCAAUAUUGAUGAUGCUUAUGAUCCUGAAAACCCUGGCUUUAAUCAUUCUUUAGGAUCUGGGGCUCACUCUGCUGCUAGCUUUGAAUCACAUGAGCUUUCUACAUUUCAAAAGAAGAAAGGAAACCUCCAUAUUCUUGAGGAAGAGACUGAAGAUUUUAUACCCUUGUGUUCUACAGACAAUUCUGACCUUGAAGAAGGGGAGCUCGAUAAUUGCUCAGAAGAGAAGCAGACAGAAUUAGAUAUGCUUGCCGAAAAUAAAUUUUCUUAUAUCCCUGUACCGCGAUUUCUGAUGAGUGAUAAAGAAUCUAACAGGUUAAGUGACUCUUCACCCACUGCUGUAAGCAGUUUACAGUCCAAAGAUGAAACUGACACCCUUCCCUCAAAGGGUUUGUAUUCCGAUAAAACCAAAAAUAGAACCAGUGUGUUUUCCAGGUUAAAUUUUUCGUCAAAGGGUAUUACUUCAAAGAAUCACAAUGAUAUCAAUGGAAAGGACAUUGCAGAGUAUCACUGUCAAUAUGAAUAUGAGAAAAUGGAAGAGGUCACUCGACAGAUUGAAGAUGGCAGAAUGUAUAAAAGAGCUAGUGUGUUUAUGCGCUUGACCAGUGUUUCAGAUGCUGCUCCCCAAAUCCAUUGUAUGACAGGACUGUAUGACCGAACUAGAGGGUGCAUGAACGGUAAUUUCUAGAUGAAGAGAUGAAAGGAGACAGCGGAGGAGACUGUGAAUCAAUGGUGGUUGGAUAUCUCCAAAGGACACCAACAUUUAAGUGAGAAGUUGUUCGGUGAGGGUGAGGCUAAUAGAAUAAAAGUUUACAUGAAUUUUAGGUGCUCAUAGUAACUCAAUCAAAUACCUUUGGUGGAAGAGUUGUUAGUUCAGCAAUCAUCUCAUGCGUUUAUCGGUGCCAGGUACAGCACCAAGUGUGAUCCUAAAUUUUAAGGUGUGUGUGGUUCCUGAUUUGGGUUGCACUUUUGAGUUAGGCCUCCAGAUAUAACUUGGAACAGUCUGCACUUCGCAUAAGUGCUAAAAUGUAGAAAUGAUAGAGAAAAACAUCUCUCUAAAUUGUAUGACACAUUUUCCUUUUUAGAUUUCAAAUGAUUUAGACAAUACCCAUUGAUUUUGAUUGGACGACUAUAUAAACAGCAUCUACAAUUAAAAAAAAAAAAAGUAAAUGUAUACUU